CGGUACCGCGGCGGCCGCGCUAUAAAGGCGGCGGCGGCGGGGCGGGCGCGGCAGCAGCAGCUCUCGGUGUCGGUCGGUCGGUCCGUGUCGGUCGGUCGGCGGCGGGGCAGGAUGACGGCGAACGGGACGGCGGAGCCGGUGCAGAUCCAGUUCGGGCUGAUCAACUGCAGCAAUCGGUACCUGACGGCGGAGGCGUUCGGGUUCAAGGUGAACGCCUCGGCCGCCAGCAUGAAGAAGAAGCAGAUCUGGACGCUGGAGCAGGACGGGGAGGACUCCAGCGCCGUCCUGCUCAAGAGCCACCUGGGCCGGUACCUGGCGGCCGACAAGGACGGGCGGGUGAGCUGCGACAGCGAGGAGCCGGGCCCCGACUGCCGGUUCCUGGUGCUGGCCCACGGCGACGGGCGGUGGUCGCUGCAGUCCGAGCCCCACCGCCGCUUCUUCGGCGGCACCGAGGAUCGCCUCUCCUGCUUCGCCCCCGCCGUCUCGGCCGCCGAGAAGUGGAGCGUCCACCUGGCCAUGCACCCCCAGGCCAACCUCUACAGCCUGGCCCGCAAGCGCUACGCGCACCUGGGGCCCCGCCGCGACGAGCUGGCCGUGGACCGCGACGUGCCCUGGGGCGUGGAUGCCCUGAUCACCCUCCUGUUCGUGGACCAGCGGUACAGCCUGCAGAGCUGCGACCACCGCCUGCUCCGCAGCGACGGCCGCCUGGUCCCCGCCGCCGAGCCCGGCACCGCCUUCACGCUGGAGUUCCGCUGCGGGAAGGUGGCCUUUCGCGACGGGGAGGGCCGCUACCUGGCCCCCUCGGGGCCCAGCGGCACCCUCAAGGCGGGCAAGAGCGCCAAGGUGGGCAAGGACGAGCUCUUCGCCCUCGAGCAGAGCUGCCCGCAGGUCGUGCUGCGAGCCGGCAACGAUAGGAAUGUCUCCACCCGGCAAGGGAUGGACCUCUCAGCCAACCAGGAUGAGGAGGGUGACCAGGAGACCUACCAGCUGGAGAUCAACAAGGACACCAAAAAAUGCGCCUUCCGGACCUACACUGGGAAGUACUGGACCCUCACCUCCAACGGGGGCAUCCAGUCCACUGCCUCCACAAAGAACGCGAGCUGCUACUUCGACAUCGAGUGGUGCGACAAGCGCAUCACCCUGAAAGCUGCCAACGGCAAGUACGUGACGGCAAAGAAGAAUGGGCAGCUGGCAGCCUCCAUGGAGACAGCGGGUGAGACAGAGCAUUUCGUGAUGAAGCUGAUCAACAGGCCCAUCAUCGUCCUGCGUGGCGAGCACGGCUUCAUCGGGUGCCGGAAGGUGACCGGCACCCUCGACUCCAACCGCUCCUCCUACGACGUCUUCCAGCUGGAGUUCAACGACGGCGCCUACAACAUCAAGGAUACCACUGGGAAGUACUGGAUGGUGGGGAACGAGUCGUCCGUCACCAGCAGCAGCGACACCCCCGUGGACUUCUUUUUUGAGUUCUGCGACUAUAACAAAGUUGCCAUCAAAAUCAAUGGCAAAUACCUGAAGGGGGACCACGCCGGGGUCCUCAAGGCAUCGGCCGACACCAUCGACGCCUCCACCCUCUGGGAAUAUUAAUGCACUUUAGGGUACCUCCCGUUGCCAACUUCUCUUUCCCUUCCUCCGUCCUCUUUUCCUUUGGGUUCUGUUUCUCCUCUCUGUAACAGGAUUUUCAGACUGGCUUGUCCUUCCCUCCUGCCGUAGAGUUGGUGCAUUAUGUGGGAGGUGGGUCUCCGUAAAUCCCUGUAAGAACUGGAAAAGUGGUGGGGCAGCCUGCCUAUAGCUUUGUAGAAGGGUCUGUCUCUAUCCCCCAUCCCUGUUUCCCUCCAGGUUUGCUGGGCUUGGAAACGGCCGUAUCCCCCUCCCAGCCCCGAGCAUCACCUUAGGUAGUUGAUUAUCCUCUCCUUGAUUGAAAAAAGGGAAUAAGAUCACCUCUGAGCUCGCUUCUGCCAUAUCAGCACUGGCACUGCCUCAGUCUGUGCUGCCAGUGUCCCCUGGAGCAUCCUCCCAUCCUGCCCUGCUCCAACGAGGGGCAGAGUGACGGUGCUGGGCUCAGCCAGCUCCUCCCGGCUCCUCCGGCAGCUUCUCUCCCCUCCUGGCUUUCAGGGCAGGUCCAUCCCCAGCUGAGCCGUAAGAGGUGACCUUACAUAUCACAGCAUCCCUGGGGACGGGGCUGGUGUGUGCUGGCACACAUCCCUGCAGAAGGGCCAGCAAGCUGCCCCCUCCCCUCCCCAUACACCUGGAAAUGAUUCUUUAGGGUGAUCCCGUCUGGAAAGCCUCAGCCUUUCAUCUCAUAGAGCCCUGCGCUCCUCAUGUCCCUCCGCCCCUCCUCACGCUUCUGGCUCUGGAGGAGCACCCCAGACCCUGAUGGUGGGUCCAGCCUGGCAGGUGCCUGCCCUGAGGCUGGUCCUGCUGCUGUGCCUGGAGGGGGGGGCGUGGGGGGACACAGAGCCAGCCCGUGCUGGGGUGGGGGCUUCAUCCAGCCCACCUCUCGUGGGGCCUCGGUCCCAGCAGGAGCCUGGCUGGCCCACGCGACCUCCCCGGGGUGGUGGCUGGAAGCAUAAAGUGCAGAUUUUGGUUUACAGAAUAGAAAAGUUCCUUAGCAAACUUUGCACAGUGAUACUCAGUACCUUUGUUGUUUUUUUUUUCUUCCUCUCUCAUAAAAUACUGGAACAGUGAAGCGAAUCACUGAACACCUAAUGCUGAAUUAGGAAGCGCCCGCUCCUGCGGCUCCCCUGAAGGGGCAGCUCCUGGUCCCGCCACCCCUGGGGCACCUGGGCUGGGCUCUCAUGAAUCACAACCCUACUGGAAAAGAAAAAAAAAGAAAAAAAGACCAAAACAGUAUUUUUGUUAGUCUCUAUUUAUAUAUGCUCUCCAUGGCACUGUGUGACCAGCUGUUGUCUGUACUAGGUCUGCAUUAGAGUUUAACGCUGUCUGUAACGGGUGAUGCUACGUGUUCUUUAGGGUGUUGAAAGGCACUUUAUCCUUUGGGGCCUUCCCAGGGCUGGUAUUUGCUCCCUGCAAACACACCAAGGAGCCUUUUCCUGCGUGGGCCCCCUGCGGGGGGAGCGCUGGUCCCAGCCCACGCCAAGGGUGCUCGCGGCAUCGCUGCCGUGCCAAACCAGGGCCGGUCCCUCUGCCAGAGGCCAGGCAGGGGCUCGUCAGCCUUAAAGCCAUGAGGAGGGACUCCCUCCAUAGGAGCUUGGUGCUAAACUCAGCUGGGAGAGCGAGCGACUGUCCCCUGCCAGGGGGACAACUCCGGGCUGGGAUCCCUUGCCGGCGCAGGGGAUCCCGGCUGGGACUCUACCUCGGCUCUGCACUCACAUCCAGGGGCUGCCCGUGCCCCCCUGGCUCCACGUGCCCCCCCGGGCACCACACUGCCCCUUGAAGGACCAAGUGUCUUGAUGAAGCCCUGCGUGACCCUGUGACUCGACACACACUUUCGCUGGCCUUCACCCCCACCCCAUGUUGCCUCCUCCCCGUCCCUGUUGCAGUUCCAACCAUGUAAUUCCCGCUCCAGCUUCUCCCGUGUGACACUAGGUCAACAUCUCUCCUGUUUCCUCUUAUCGGGUGUCGUGACUCUCUGAAAACAUCUCACUCUGAAAAUUUAAAGUUUUGGGUUUGUCCAUUUUUUUUUUUAUUAUUAUUAUUUUUUUGUAAGUGCCAUUUGUAUAACUUAAAAAAGAAUAGCUUCAAAUGGAGAAAGAUUAAUUAAAAAAUAAAACCUGCAUUUGGAUUCAAA